UGCAUUUCAAAUUCUAAAUCUCUUUACCAAGUUUCUAGUGGUAUCCACUUAAAAGUAGUGGAGGACAAAGUAAAGAGUCUAGAAAAAUGCAGAUGAAAGAGAAGAAACAUCUUUCUAACCUCAAAAUAAGUUUGGGAGUCUUUAAGUGUUCUUGGUUUUUAUCUCCUGGUAGAUUUCACAGUGCUGACACACAGAGUUAACUGGGUGGAUUCUCAUCCCGGCACCAGAAAGUGGACUGUCUGGUCUCCAUGAAAGAUGCUGUGAUUUUGAAACCAGGUCACCUGGUGCCUGUGGCUACCCCAGCCCUCUCGGGAUUCGGCAGACAGUGGAGGUGGUGGUGAAGGAGACAGUGGUGGUCAAUGUUAUUUGAGCAGGGUCAACAGACCCUGGAACUUCCUGAGUGCACGAUGCAGAAGGCUGCUUACUAUGAAAACCCAGGACUCUUCGGAGGCUACGGCUACAGCAAAGCCACCGACACUUAUGGCUACGGCACUCCCCAUCAGCCUUACCCACCCCCUGCCGCUGCCAACUCCCUGGACACUGAUUACACGGGCUCCGCCUGUUCCAUCCAGAGUUCCGCACCUCUGAGAGCCCCAGCCCACAAAGGAGCUGAACUUAACGGCAGCUGUAUGCGUCCUGGCACUGGGAACAGCCAGGGUGGGGGGGGUGGCAGCCAGCCUCCCGGCCUGAACUCAGAGCAGCAGCCACCACAACCCCCUCCUCCGCCACCAACCCUGCCCCCAUCCUCGCCCACCAAUCCCGGAGGUGGAGCGCCUGCCAAGAAGGCCAAGGGUGGGCCCAAUGCUUCUGGCUCUUCAGCCACCAUCAGCAAGCAGAUCUUCCCCUGGAUGAAAGAGUCCCGACAGAACUCCAAGCAGAAGAACGGCUGUGCCGCUGCAGGAGAGAGCUGCGAGGAUAAGAGCCCGCCGGGCCCAGCGUCCAAGCGGGUGCGCACGGCCUACACGAGUGCGCAGCUGGUGGAGUUGGAGAAGGAAUUCCACUUCAACCGCUACUUGUGCCGGCCAAGGCGCGUGGAGAUGGCCAACCUGCUGAACCUCACCGAGCGCCAGAUCAAGAUCUGGUUCCAGAACCGGCGCAUGAAGUACAAGAAGGACCAGAAGGCCAAGGGCAUCCUGCACUCGCCAGCCGGUCAGUCCCCGGAGCGCAGCCCGCCUCUGGGCAGCGCCGCCGGCCACGUGGCCUACUCGGGCCAGCUGCCGCCCGUGCCCGGCCUGGCCUACGACGCGCCCUCGCCGCCCGCCUUCGCCAAAUCUCAGCCCAACAUGUACGGCCUGGCCGCCUACACGGCGCCGCUCAGCAGCUGCCUGCCACAGCAGAAGCGCUACGCGGCGCCCGAGUUCGAGCCCCACCCCAUGGCCAGCAACGGCGGCGGCUUCGCCAGCGCCAACCUGCAGGGCAGCCCGGUGUACGUGGGGGGCAAUUUCGUCGACUCCAUGGCGCCCGCGUCCGGGCCCGUCUUCAACCUGGGCCACCUCUCGCAUCCGUCUUCGGCCAGCGUGGACUACAGCUGCGCCGCGCAGAUUCCCGGCAACCACCACCAUGGACCGUGCGACCCUCAUCCCACCUACACAGAUCUCUCGGCCCACCACUCGUCUCAGGGACGCCUGCCCGAGGCCCCCAAACUGACGCAUCUGUAGCGGCCGCCACCGGCCCGAACUCGCGGCGCAAUUACCUCUCUUGCUUUGGUGGCGGGGGUGGCGGGCGGGGCCCGCGGGGCAGCUCUGUGACCCCCCCUCCCUCGCUCUGGCCCGGUUGCCGCCUCCUGGGUCUCGGGCCAACAGCGGCCGAGGCGCAGGCGACUGGGCCUCCCCUCCAGGAGCUCCCUCCUUUGGGUGACUCGCCAUAAAUCAGCCGCAAGGAUUGUCCUCUGUAACCCUGACAGUGCCAUAUACUGCGGACCGAGGGACUCUAAUCUGGUAAUGGUGUCCCGAAGGUAAGUCUGAGAUCCACCGGCGGCGCGCUCUGCAGAGGGACCAGAGCCCGGACAGCCCCGGGCCUGGCCGGCGUCUAGCUUAGUUGCGGAGACCUUAAUUUAUAUGCUCCUUCCCGUCCCGUAAGGAUUGCAUCGGACUCAACGACCGUAUUUAUUAUUUGAAGCGAGUCAUUUCGUUUCCCUGAUUAUUUAUCCUCGUCUUAAUGUAUUUAUGUGUAUAUUUGUAGAAUUCUCCAGCCGAGCUUAGGAACGCGCUCCCAGGCCACGGGGGCCACGUCUCACCUCUUUAGUCCCCUUGCUCUGAACUAGUUGAGAGAGUAGUUUUGAACAGUUGUAACCGUGGCUGGUGUUUGUAGUUGUAAAGGAUUAAGACCGCAAAUUGUCCUUCAUGGGUAUAGAGUCAGGCGGCCCCGUGGCGUGGCACGACACCCGUUACUCAUUUCUCAACAGCCGCAGCCCUCACCACUCGACACAGUUUAUUGAUUUCAAAUUGUCUGGUACUAUUUGAACAAAUAUUUAGAAUAAAAAAAAUUUCUCAGUCGGAAGUGUAUCUGUGUUAAUCAAGCACACUUGGAAGUAGAUCACUCUGCCUUUUAUCUUUUGCACACUCCCAGCAGAAGGCCCCCGAAUAGGCUGACUCUUUGAUAUAUCUAUUUUUCAUUUAUUUGGAAUCUGGUAUACGAAUUGGUUCUGGGGAUACUUGAUUACAUUGCAGCUAUUGACAUUGGUGGGGGGUGGAAAUCUGAGGAUGCAAACCCAGAAAUGCCCCGGGGAGGAGGGGGGGGAUAAUCUGGGUAGGGCUUUGUGCUGUGCCUGCUAUGCUAUUUCCACCACCUUCUUUUUAGACAUAAAUCGACUUUUUAAGGUUGCAUUUACACUGGGGAGGCCAGCUCUCACGUUUCUGCGCUAAUAAAAAAUAACCUUUGAAAGAAAACUGACAAUCAAAGAAAAGACACAAGAAGUUGUAAGAAGAACUGAGCUCUGAAAAAGCUAAGGUGCACAAAAAGAAACGAUCAUUUGGAGACACGCACCUAAGCUUUUUCUCUAGGAAAUGCUGUCAGGACUUUUUCCUUUAUGAUGGUUGGUGGUUCAU